AUGGGCGUAGCCACACUCUGCAGGUUGAUAAAAUGUGCUCACUCACGUCAACAUUUCAAACAACACAAAGGAUACAGUGUCAAAUUAGGGACUGGCCCUACUCUCAGCCCCCAAUUCCAUAUUUUUCUAGAUAUUUUGCACAUGCUCCAGCCCACACUGUUCCGUGAUACGGAAUACUCCAGAGAUACUAAGAAACAGAGACUUCUAGAGUCAAGAGAGCUGGGAAACUCUUGGACAGUCACAAUGUGCAUCCGUGUAUUAAAGGCUCUGGGAAGUUCUGCACCAAAUAAACCCUUUUGGCUUGAUUCAGUCCUGGGUUUUCAAAACCUGCUUGCCCAUGGCACACCUUAUUCCAUCCUCUGCUUCCCUUGCACUGGGAUGAAGCCAGUGCCCUCGGGGUGA